UUGGUCCUUGUCUAUUUGACAUUCCGGUUCGAGAUGAAACGCCAUGCCCUUGAGAGACUUGGAUAAAAUUCCAUUGAGAUCCUACAGAUAACAUGCUUGUUCUUAAGGGCAGAAGUAGACACUUAACCGGGACUACAUAACGAGUUCCAGUUAACCUUAACUGUGCCUGAUCCUUAACCAGGCCUUGACCUCGAGUUACCAAUCGCUCAGUUAAGGAUUUCUGUGUAACAAUCGAGCCACCACCGGGUCUUCUGUAACUGGUCAAGAUCCCGAUUUUAUUGAAGGUCAAGGAUUCAAUCUGUGUGGGUGAACUUUGUUGUAUAUAAAUAUUAUAUAAUUAAAAAAAUGGUGUAAAAUGUAACGAUUAAAAUAUGACAGUUUUUGACUAAUAAUUAAAAUACUUUUUAAUAAGAAAAAUUAAUAAAAACUUAUGGUGUAACAUCAAUAUUAUUGAUAUUUUGUGAUGGUUGUUAACAAGAAAACAAUGUAAUUUUACAGUUCAGGGACUGUUUAUGUAAAUAUUCAAACUGUAGGGGUGAUGUAUGCAAUCAAGCCAAGAAACAAAACUAUAUUUAUCCGCUUAAACCCAUAAACCCCUUUAGAACCCUAACGUCAGCUUAUCCAUAACUUUGAAUACAGAUUCGAGAAUCAGAUUAUAAAAUUUUGCAAGAUGCACAUGUGUUGUGCAUUCAAUCGUUGUUCUUCCGUUUCAUUGAAUCAAGAAACUCUGUAUUUCUGUCCUAAAUUUGUUCCAGGAACCGGAAGAACAACGAUCAUCGCCGUAAGUGCAAAAUCUUCUGGUAGAAGGAAAGACGAUGAUGGUGAUUCUUUAGUUGAAGAUGCGAAAGGUUCUGGUACGACCGCAAGAGGGCGGAGGUUGCUCAAGGUCCGAGAAGAGAAGAGGAAACGUGAAUAUGACCGCCUUCACAACUAUCCUUCUUGGGCUAAGGUUUUGGAAGAGGCAGCCAGAAAUGAUGUUGAACUCAGAAAUGUUCUUGGUGAUAGCAUUGGGAAGCCAGAACAGAUGAGACAGAAGGUUGAAGAUAGGAUUCGGAAGAAGGGGCGGGAUUUUCACAAGUCUAAAACGGGUUCUGUUGUUGCUUUCAAAGUCACUUUUAGAGACUUCAGUCCUGUUGGUUCCAAUAUAUGGUUCAAGUUAUAUGGACCACCUUCUGACCGGGAUGUUGACCUGAUAGGCAGUGUUAUUCAGUCAUGGUAUGUCAUGGGACGCUUGGGUGCAUAUAAUUCAUAUAAUUUGCAGUUGGCAAAUACAUCAAUGGAGUAUAAUCCUCUCUAUGACGCAGAUAAGGGUUUCAAUGUGAUGGCAUCAUCAUUCCAUGAUAUCGGUGAUCUUGAGUUUCAGGACAACUGGGGACGGGUUUGGGUAGACAUUGGUACUUCAGAUUACUUUGCCCUUGAUGUGCUGCUCAACUGCCUUACUGUAUUGAGUUCAGAGUAUUUGGGCAUACAGCAGGUGGUGUUUGGUGGGCGAUCAAUGGGUGACUGGGAAGAGGGAAUGAAAAACCCUGAAGAUGGAUACAAGUACUUCAAGAUCUAAGAUUGGUGUGAUCUGCAAGGUUCAUCAUGGGAGGGUGAGUUAGGACCUAAGAACAGGUCCAAAGGCAUGUGAAUACUUGUGUACCACUACUUGUUGGUCCCUCAACAGAGGAUGCUAGGUUAGCCGAGAGAUGGCAAUCGGUUCGAACACAAUAACAUAUCAGUUCCAUGCAUCUCUUAUCAA